AUGUUACCGAGACGUUCAAUAGUUUCUUUAGGUCAUGUUAUCUCUAAAAAACUAUCUACAAAUGCUACUAAACCAAAAACAGGUGUUAUCAUGGUGAAUAUGGGGGGCCCUGAAAGAGUUGACCAGGUUCAUGAUUAUUUGCACAAAAUAAUGACUGACAGAGACAUGAUACAAUUGCCUAUAGCACAGGAUCGUUUAGGUGCGUGGAUAGCAAAACGUAGAACUCCUGAAGUUCAGAAAAAGUAUGCAGAAAUAGGUGGUGGCUCUCCAAUUUUGAAGUGGACCAAAUUACAAGGAAAACUCAUGUGUGAAAUGUUGGACAAUCAGUCACCAGAAACUGGCCCCCAUAAACCAUAUGUUGCAUUUAGAUAUGUUGAACCAUUUGCACAAGAUGCAUUUGCAGAAGUAGAAAAGGAUGGUAUUGAACAUGCCAUAAUAUUCUCACAAUAUCCCCAAUAUAGCUGUGCAACAUCUGGUUCCAGUUUCAAUGAAAUAUACAGAUUGUUCAAGAGAAGAGCUCCUCCUAAUGGAAUGAAAUUGACUGUAAUUGAUAGGUGGCCAACUCACCCAUUGCUGGCUAAAUGUUUUGCAGAUAAUAUAAGAAAAGAAUUGGAACAAAUUCCUGAGAACAAAAGAAGAGAUGCAAUAAUUUUAUUCUCUGCCCAUUCUCUACCACUAAAGGCUGUCAACAGAGGUGAUGCUUACCCUUCUGAGGUUGGUGCAACUGUCCAUCAGGUGAUGCAGGAGUUGAACUUCUCUCAUCCAUACCAGCUAGUUUGGCAGUCCAAGGUUGGACCUUUACCAUGGUUAGGACCUAUGACAGAUGAAGCUAUCAAAGGUUAUGUCAAACAAGGAAAGAAGACAAUGAUUGUGGUGCCUAUUGCAUUUGUGAAUGAACAUAUUGAGACACUACAUGAACUGGAUAUUGAAUACUGCAAAGAUUUGGCAAAAGAGGUUGGUGUAGAAAUUAUUAGAAGAGUUUCUGCUCCAAAUGAUCAUCCCCUGUUUAUACAAGCACUUGCUGAUAUUGUGAAGUCUCAUAUCAAAAAUAAAGUGCCAGUUUCAGCGAAAUUUCUGAACAGAUGCCCCCAUUGUACAAAUGCAAACUGUAUUAAUAGCAAAAAAUGGUAUUCUGAAGUGUGUUCCUUUUAA